CAUUCUUCCCCCGUUCUCUUUUAACCCUCUCUUUCUCUCUCUCUCUCUCUCUUCUCUUUCAAACUCCUGCCGCCAUUACAAGUGAGAGAGAGACUGAGAGUGCAGGGCUCCUAGUCUCAUCCUCUCUCUCAUUUCCAUUAUCAUUGAUCUCAUCUGGGUCUCUCAAAUACAUAUAGAAACAGAACUCUAUACAUCGAAAUCAUAAGAGAGAGAUGAAGUACGUUCUGGUAACUGGGGGUGUUGUUAGCGGGCUGGGCAAAGGUGUGACGGCCAGCAGCAUCGGCGUCGUCCUCAAAGCCUGCGGUCUCCGCGUCACCUCCAUUAAGAUUGAUCCAUAUCUUAAUACUGAUGCUGGAACUAUGUCUCCUUUCGAGCAUGGUGAAGUUUUUGUCUUAGAUGAUGGUGGCGAGGUGGACUUGGACCUUGGAAACUACGAAAGGUUUUUAGAUCUCAAAUUAACCCGUGACAACAACAUUACUACAGGGAAAAUAUACCGGUCUGUCAUUGACAAGGAAAGAAAGGGAGAUUAUCUGGGCAAAACAGUUCAGGUUGUACCACAUAUUACAGAUGCCAUACAAGAGUGCAUCGAGCGCGUGGCCAUGAUACCUGUUGAUGGGAAAGAAGGACCAGCUAAUGUUUGUGUUAUUGAACUUGGUGGAACUAUAGGGGACAUAGAGUCAAUGCCCUUCAUUGAGGCUCUGGGUCAAUUCUCUCAUCGCGUAGGCCCAGGAAACUUUUGUCUGGUUCAUGUCAGUCUCGUGCCGGUUCUUAAUGUUGUUGGUGAGCAGAAAACAAAACCUACCCAACACAGUGUUCGAGGAUUAAGAGGACUUGGAUUGACACCAAAUAUAUUGGCCUGUCGCAGUGUGAAACCCCUGGAUGAAAAUGUUAAAGAAAAACUAUCACAAUUCUGUCAUGUUCAGGCAGCAAAUAUCAUCACUCUGUAUGAUGUCACAAACAUAUGGCAUAUCCCUUUACUAUUAAGAGACCAGAAGGCGCAUGAGGCUCUCUUAAGAGGACUGAAUCUCCAUGGUGUGGCUGUGGAGCCCAUGUUAGAAGAAUGGACUGCAAGGGCUGAAAUCUGUGACACAUUGCAGAAUCCUGUCAGAAUUGCAAUGGUCGGGAAGUAUACUGGCCUUUCUGAUUCUUACCUUUCAGUUUUGAAGGCUCUUUUGCAUGCUUCUAUAGCUUGUUGUCAGAAACUUGUAGUGGACUGGGUUCCUGCUACCGAUCUUGAAGAUACUACAGCAAAAGAGGAACCUAAUAUCUAUGAAGCAGCAUGGAAUUUGCUGAAGGGUGCAGAUGGUAUCUUAGUUCCAGGAGGGUUUGGGGACAGAGGGGUACAAGGAAAAAUUCUUGCUGCUAAAUAUGCUCGAGAAAAUAGUAUUCCAUACCUUGGCAUUUGCCUGGGCAUGCAGAUUGCUGUGAUUGAGUUUGCCCGUUCUGUUCUUAAGCUGGAGGAUGCAAAUAGCACAGAGUUUGACCCAGACACCUCUAACCCUUGUGUUAUUUUUAUGCCAGAGGGUUCAAAGACUCAUAUGGGGGGAACAAUGCGACUUGGAUCAAGGAGGACUUAUUUUCAGGUUGCUGAUUGCAAAUCUGCUAAGUUAUAUGGCAAUGUCAGUUAUGUGGAUGAAAGACAUCGACAUAGAUAUGAGGUUAAUCCUGACUUGAUCUCCGACUUUGAAGAUGCUGGCCUUGCAUUUGUUGGUAAAGAUGAAAGUGGGAAGCGAAUGGAGGUAAUUGAACUGCCUACGCAUCCAUAUUAUGUAGGAGUUCAGUUUCAUCCAGAAUUCAAGUCACGACCCGGAAAACCUUCUGCACUUUUCUUAGGGCUCAUAGCUGCUUCGUGUGGUCAAUUAGAUAUGUGGCUGCAAACUCCUAGCUAUCUGAACAAGCCAACUCCAAGAGAUGUUUUGGGCAAUGGCACGUCAGCGUCAAAGAUUUGCCAGAACGGAAGUGGAAACAUACUCGCUAAUGGCAAUGGCUUGCACGUCUAACUGAAAUAAGUCUACUAGUUUCUAUAAGCUUUUUGAGAUACGAGUAUGAGUGCAAGUUUUGUCUUUGUGGUUGCAUAUGUACAGUUAGCGGUAAGAGAGUAUUUAUUAGCUUUCAGGGGUUUAACAAGCGACGUUUGUAUACACAUGUGAUCAGGAUUAGCAGUGUUUUUGGUUAGACAGACAGCAAGUAUUCUGUCUUUUUAUGGGCAUGUAAUUGUAAAGUUUGAGCAAUCUUAUUUUGUGUUUCGAGAAAUGAUGAAGGCAUGCUUUAGUUC